AUGGCCUCGCUCUACGCGCUCCUGCUGCUUCUUUGCUCGCCAUCCGCCGCCUUCCGGCUGCACUCGUUCGGCCGCGCGACAUCGACGCCUUGGCAGCGUCGCUCUGCCACACCGGCGCUUCGAAAUGAAGCGGAGCCUCUGUCGUGGAAGGAGCAGAUUGAGCGGCUGCUGUCGCCAGAGACACCGGCGGAGGACCGCGGCAUCCUCGCCCGCGACCUGCUCGCACGCGGCGCCGAGAUCGCCACCGAAGUCUCUAGCGGCCGAGUCGACUCGCUGCUCACCGAGUCGGCGGCGCGCGACCUGGACAGCGUGCGGAGGCAGGGGUCUGAUCUGCUGCAGCAGGUGCCCUCGCUGCUCGAGGGGGACGGCCCUGAGGCGCUGCAGCGCGCCGCCACCGACGCCGCGGGCGCUGCGCUCGAGCACGGCCCCGGCGCAGUCGCGUCCCUCCUCGCCGAGCCUGGCCGUGCGGCGGCGCUUGCGGAGGAGGCUGCGGAGAAGCCGGCGUACCGGGUGGUGAGGGAGGAGGAGGGGUUCGCGGUGCGUGAGUACGCCUCGCACGGCGUCGUCGCCGUCGACAUGGGCCUCUCCCCCGGCGCCCACCGAGACGGCGGCUCCGCCUUCUCGGCCCUCACCGCCUACCUGCUCGGCGCGAACGGGCGCGCCGAGCUGCUCGGCGGGAGCGCGCCAGCACGCAUCGACGUCGCUGCGGGCCCAGACGGGUCCGGCUCGGACGCGUCCGACUCAGACCGGGCGGGCUCCAAGCUCAGCUUCGCCCUUCCGCUCAAGUAUUCCGCCGCCACCGCGCCGCCGCCGACCGCGACCUCGCUCCGGCUCGAGCAGGCGCCGCUGCAGCUGCUCGCGGUGGCGGACUUCCCGGGCGUGGCGACGGCGCAGGAGGUGGAGCGGCAGCGGCAGGCGCUGCUCGGCCGCCUCUCUUCCGCCGGCGUGAGCCUGGCGGACGAGGCCCGGCGCGGUGCUUUCUCGGUGCUGCAGUACGACGCGCCGCUCACCCCUCCGUGGCUGCGGCGCAACGCGCUGGCCGUGCUCGAGGCGGCGGAGAGCGCGGGCGACGACGCAGCAGUUCCGUCGAGCGCCGACACGACCGCGGCGCAGCUCCGCGACCUCGGCGAUGACGAAGCGCCUUCCGACGUCGACUAG